GUCUUCAACCUCUCAAACACAUCUCUCUCUCUCUUCCUCAGACAGAGUCAUUAAUACACAAACCUAAAAAAAAACCUCUGUCUUGAACAGCAUAUGUCUCAAAGACCUCUGAUUCCUCAUUCUUCAUCUAUAGCUUUUUGUCUCCAUUCUCAUCUCCUAAUCUCCAGUGAGAUCAGCUCUAACUCUAACUGGUCUCUCUAAAAAAAAACAAAAACAAAAAAAUCUAACCUUUUUUCAAUCUUCUCGCCUAUUUUCCCGGAAAACGCUCUCUCUGUUUUGUUUUGUUUAAGUUUUCAUUUUUUCGAUAAUUCUUGGAAAUUUUUCAAAAUGGGUCUCAAGGGUUUCGCUGAAGGAGGAAUCGCAUCGAUCGUAGCUGGUUGUUCAACUCACCCGCUUGAUCUAAUCAAGGUACGCAUGCAACUCCAAGGCGAAUCAGGACCGGUUCAAACCAAUCUCCGACCAGCUCUCGCUUUUCAAACCUCCACCACCGUCACCGCGGCGCCUCCUCUACGCGUCGGUGUGAUCGGAGUCGGAUCUCGUUUAAUCCGAGAAGAAGGCAUGCGUGCUCUAUUCUCCGGCGUCUCCGCCACAGUUCUUCGUCAGACUCUGUAUUCAACCACUCGUAUGGGUUUAUACGAUAUCCUCAAGGGGAAAUGGACCGACUCGGAGACAAAAACGAUGCCUUUAUCGAAAAAACUCGGCGCCGGAUUCAUCGCCGGAGCUAUCGGAGCGGCGGUUGGGAAUCCGGCGGAUGUAGCUAUGGUGAGGAUGCAAGCCGACGGUCGUUUACCAUUGGAUCAGAGGAGAAACUACAAAAGCGUUUUAGACGCGAUCACGCAAAUGGUCCGCCGCGAAGGCGUGACGUCGCUGUGGAGAGGUUCGUCGUUGACUAUAAACAGAGCAAUGCUUGUGACUUCGUCGCAGUUGGCUUCGUAUGAUUCGGUUAAAGAGACGAUUCUGGAGAAAAGGUGGUUGGAGGAUGGGUUAGGGACUCACGUGCUAGCGAGUUUCGCUGCGGGGUUUGUGGCGAGCGUUGCUUCGAACCCGGUUGAUGUGAUCAAGACGAGAGUGAUGAAUAUGAAGGUGGAAGCUGGAGUUGCGCCGCCGUAUAAAGGAGCGGUUGAUUGUGCGUUGAAGACGGUGAAGGCUGAAGGGAUUAUGGCUUUAUAUAAAGGGUUUGUGCCGACUGUUUCGAGACAAGCACCGUUCACGGUUGUUCUGUUUGUUACGCUUGAACAAGUUCGCAAGCUGUUUAAGGACUUUGACUUUUGAUUCAAAAAAGUUGAAAAAUUUGAAGAUGAUGGUGGCGACAAUAAGUUUUUUUUUUUUGGGUUCUAAUUUAUCUUUUGAUUAGUUUAGUAGUUUUCAUAUUAUUAAACGUAUUAUUUGUUCUCCAUUUGUUCGAAUAGAUCUAUGAUAUGAAAUUUGUUCUCAUUAGAAGAAAGAAAGAAAGAAACAGUUUUAUUUGAUCUCAUUAUUCAAGGGAGGUAUUUACACUAUCGAAUAAUUAGAUCCGUUUAUGUUAA